CUGCCUGGCUCCAGCUCCGCCCAGGCCCCAGGGCUGCGCGCUCCACGCUUGGAAGCUCGCUGGCUCCCUCGCACCCUCCGCAGUAACUUUCGCGGCAGCAUGGCCAAAGGCAGAGGGGCGGAAAGCGCUUCGUCCACCGGGCUGCUACAGCCUAGCCUCCUGCAGCAGGACGAGCUGCGGCAUGCCAAGAAGGAAAGUAAAGCGAAGCUAUCGGUGUGCAGCAAACUGUGCUAUGCCGUCGGUGGCGCUCCCUACCAGAUCACUGGCUGCGCCCUGGGAUUUUUCUUGCAGAUCUACCUGCUGGAUGUCGCACAGCUGGACCCUUUCUAUGCCUCCAUCAUCCUCUUUGUGGGUCGAGCAUGGGAUGCUAUCACCGACCCCAUGGUGGGUUUCUUCAUCAGUAAAACCCCUUGGAGCCGCCUCGGACGCCUGAUGCCCUGGAUCAUCUUCUCCACUCCAUUCGCUGUGAUCUCCUACUUCCUGAUAUGGUUUGUGCCAGACCUCUCGAGUGGCCAAGUGAUGUGGUAUCUUCUCUUCUACUGCAUGUUCCAGACCCUUGUGACGUGUUUCCAUGUUCCCUAUUCAGCGCUCACGAUGUUCAUCAGCAGGGAGCAGAGCGAACGGGAUUCCGCUACCGCCUAUCGUAUGACGGUGGAGGUGCUGGGCACCGUGCUGGGCACGGCCAUCCAGGGGCAGAUCGUGGGCCAGGUGGACACGCCGUGCAUUCAGGACUCCCGCCUCUUCGGCGUCACUAACACCUCGGUGGCCAUGGAGGAGGUGAACAUUACCCGGGAUGCCGGCUCCCUCACAGACACGAGAAACGCCUACAUGAUUGCAGCGGGAGUCAUUGGUGGGAUCUACAUACUCUGCGCCAUCGUCCUGUUUCUGGGCGUGCGGGAGAAGCGAGAUGCCUCUGAGCUCCAGUCGGAUGAGCCCAUCUCUUUCUUCCGGGGGCUGAAGCUGGUGAUGAAACACGGUGCCUACAUCAAGCUGAUUGCUGGCUUCCUCUUCACCUCGCUCGCCUUCAUGCUGCUGGAAGGGAACUUUGCCUUGUUUUGUACCUACACCCUGGGAUUCCGCAACGAAUUCCAGAACAUCCUCCUGGCCAUCAUGCUCUCUGCCACCUUGUCUAUCCCCCUCUGGCAAUGGUUCCUCAUGCAUUUUGGGAAGAAAACUGCUGUGUAUGUUGGGAUCUCGUCUGCCAUCCCCUUCCUCAUCAUGGUUGUCGUUCUGGAGAGUAACUUGAUCGUCACCUACGUUGUGGCCAUUGCAGCUGGGAUCAGUGUCGCUGCUGCCUUCCUCUUGCCGUGGUCCAUGCUGCCAGAUGUCAUAGACGACUUCAACCUCCAGCACCCAGACUCCCGUGGCCAUGAAGCUAUUUUCUUCUCCUUUUACGUCUUCUUCACCAAGUUCGCCUCCGGGGUGUCUCUGGGGAUCUCCACGCUCAGCUUAGACUUUGCAGGCUAUAAGACCCGGGGCUGCUCCCAGCCCGAGGAGGUGAAAUUCACGCUGAAGAUGCUGGUAUCGGCAGCCCCGGUGGGGCUGAUCCUGCUGGGCCUGCUCCUAUUCAAGCUGUACCCCAUUGACGAGGACAGGCGGAGGGAAAACAAGAAGGCCCUGCAAGAUUUAAGGUAAGGGCUGGCAUGGCCCUCUCUGUGCUGCAGGGGAAGGACUGCACUCAUUGGGUUGGGCAAGUUCCAGAAGAGAGUGAUGGGGAAGGGCAAUGUUCUCACUAGUGCCCUGACCAGCUCUAGUGCUGGGAGAACCUGCCCUGGCUUUGCAGGUCACUGGGAGGCUGAGGAAGGUGGCUAGUCCUUCAGCCUGUAGGAGGCUGACAAUCUCUCCCCUGAGGAGCUGCACUUCCAGCUAGCCUCCGAACACCCUGCAGCCCUAACGCACCGCCUGCCCUUUGACGGGUGGCUGUGAGACUCUGCCGCGCUGCUCAGUGGCAUCACCCAGCAGGUAGGGUCUUAAGGCUGCAGUGUCGUAAGAUGCCAGGGGCAUCGCGGAUCGCUAGAGGUGGAGCAGGACUCCCCCAGCCGCGGCGCUGCCUCCGGUACGUUGCUGUGGGAUGGUAAAGUACUGCAAUGAAUAUAAAUACACGUGGAGUGCUGUGCAUUGCCUGUUCCCGUGGCUGCGGCAGUGCCGCUGCCUGGCUUUCCGCUGCGGGAGCGGGCGGUCUCUGCUGCUUCCCCCAGACCCAGCUCAGGGCUGCAUUUACUGACUUGGUGGAGCCUGCGAGAAGUAAAAAAAAAUAAACGUUGGCGAUACGGCUGGGCCUGGGAAACGAAGCCUUUCCCUAGAAGGCCCCUAUUUCAAUCUGCUCCAGAAUGGUGCUGAGAAAGCUGUUGAGCAUUUCACAACCAUUUGGUGGCCUCUGUUACAAGGGGGUCGGGCCUCCAUCCAGUUCCUAGUGGAGGGAAAGGUGUCCACCUAGCAGAAACGGCUCUUCUGUCACCCUGCUGGUAGUCUGGGCUGAAUGGGGCUGGAGAGGGGAACGUACAGUCCUCUCUGCCCUGGCGGCGUUGACUCCAGAGCCCGGAGAUGUUGGCAGCGAAUGGCCCCAUUGUUCCCAUCCUGCAGCUAAGAGGAGGGCUCCCUUCCCUGUAACUAUCCCUCACUAACCCCCUCUGGCUCGCUGGCCCUUGCUUUCGAGCCCAGAGCGCUCUCUGCAUGGGGAUACCAGCUGGCGGGAAGGGGGCCAUUCCUGUCUGAUGCCCACCAAUCCUUCCCUUCCCAGGGAGGAGGAAAACAGCAGCGACUCGGACUCCACGGAACUCGCCAGCAUCGUGUGACCCCGGCUCACCUCCAUCUACUGUUUACACACUGGGCGUCUUCAGGAACUGGACGGGGUCACUGCCGAGUAACCACGUUACCCAGAACUCCUGGAGAUGCUGGUGACGUGCUACGCGGGGCUUUGUGGAGCAUCUGUGGUGAAUGUUACAUGGGAUCUGCGGGCAGUGGUCUCGGGCCAUCCAUGGGAUCCAUAGAGUGCCGGUAGUGUACGUUACACGGGAUCUAUUCAGUACUGCACUAAUGUGCCUCUUAAUGAACAAACACUACACCAGCCUGGCCCGCGCAGCGCUGUCUGCAGAGCGCAGCAGCCUGAGCCAGGAAGCUAUUGCUCGUAACACACAGGAGACUUGUGCGUACUCUCUGCCUCUCACACACUGAUUUGCCUGGUACUGCAGGCACUGAAUAUGGCACAGAUCCUUGCAGUAUUGUCUCUGGAUCACUCGUGGACCCAUGUGGUGCUGGUAGUGUACGUUACACUGUUAAUGUGAAUGAGAUGAAGAUUAACUCACCUGUACUAUCUGUAAAAUAAGGACACUAAUGUAGAAAGAGCUGGGUUUUUUAUAAAGUCUAAUUAAUUAAAUAACUUAAUGAUGUUGUAAAUAGAAAUUAUUUUUCCCUAUUUGUAUAUGUCUGUAUGGAAUCCAAACUGGAACUAUUAAUAUUAAUUUACAUAAAAGCGGGGAAAUGUCA